GCAGUGUGAUUGGCGGGAGGCGGUACUGAAGGACGUCUGCGAUUUUGGAUGCAACGAGAUCGAUCAGCUGGAGAAGAUAAGGAAAUUACUAAGUACAACGAGAGCCGCGAUUAUGAAAGGUUACCUGUGUGAAGAAACCGUGGCGGACAGAGUCUGAUGAACGAGGGCUAGUGUAACGAAGGUGGCCAGGCAAAUUCAGGCUUCACUUGUUAAAAUAAUGGCAUCAAUGGCAGAAGGCUCUUGGGGAACAUUAACCACCAGUCAGAAAGUGGCAUUAGCUGUCGGCGUUCCUGCUAGUGCUACAAUUGGGUACAUUCUAUACAGGAAAUAUCGUAGCAGCACUGGACAAGAUGCCUAUCGGCUUAGUACAGGAGAUGUGACAGAAUGCAAAAUACAUGCUCCUCUGCCAGUGUUCCGAGCCAUCACUAUUCGUAGAGGCUCGUUUCUCCAUGAGCUGAGGAGUGAGACAGGAGCCAGUAUUGAGAUAACAAUGGAGGAAACUGAGGAGAAUGACAAAAACGAGUUGAUCUUUUUCAUUCAGGGUACACCAGAACAAGUCUUUAGAGCCAGAGUAGCCCUUACUCAAUUAGUGUCCAGCUAUGAACUGGUUACAGACCAGAUGAAAAUUCCACAGAGUUCCAUGGGUCGCAUUAUAGGUCGUGGAGGAGAAACCAUUAAAACUCUCUGCCAUAUCUCAGGAGCUGAAAUCAGGUGUCCUAAACGCAGUAAAAGCAAUCAUGCAGAGAAUGAAGUAAGCCUCAUCACCAUAACAGGGACCAGAAGUGAAGUGGAUGCUGCUAAGGAACUUGUCAUGGAGAAAGUAUCAGAGCAUGAAACAAUGAAGAGGAAAAUUGCUCAGUCGGUUGCUAUGCGUCAACAGAGGAAGCCCCAAGAUGUCUUAAACCAUAGAAAUACACCAAACAGCACUGUGGAUUGGAAAACUGAAAAUCUGCAAAUGAGCAUAACCUUCAAGGAGAACAAUGAGAAUAAACAGGAGAACAAACUGCUAAAGCAGAUUUCAGAAUGUAUGAUUCCAAGUAGUAGAGCUCUGAACAACGGGACUGAGUUGCCAGAAGAUGUUCCAGUGAGUCCACAUAUUGAAAAAUUUGAAAUUCCUAGCCCAGACCUGUGUUUUCAACCAGAUGAACACCUGGAUGUUUAUGUGUCAGCCAGUGAGAACCCAAACCACUUCUGGAUUCAGAUUUUGGGGGCUCGUUCUUUGCAACUUGACAAGCUCACUAAUGAAAUGACUCGCUUCUAUACCAAUCAGGAUCAUACGGAGGAAGUAUUGAAUAUUGCAGUAGGUGAUAUUAUAGCUGCACCAUAUGAGGCCCAUGGAUCUUGGCACCGAGCAAGAGUUGUCGGCUUCCUAGAAAAUGGAUUUGUGGAUGUAUAUUUUGUAGAUUUUGGUGACAAUGGUGCAAUUCUUCCAGAGAGCAUUCACUGUCUAAGGAGUGACUAUUUAAGUUUGCCAUUUCAAGCCAUUGAGUGCAGCUUAGCUGGAAUACGCCCUUUAGGUGAGAACUGGACUCUUCAAGCCCUAGAUGAUUUUGAGAGUUUGACCCAUUGUGCUGAAUGGAAACCACUUGUAGCCAAGCUUUGUAGCUACUCUCAGAGUGGGAUGUUUCCAUGGCCUUUUAUUCAGCUGUAUGACUCCAGUAAUGAAAAAAAACUGGAUAUCGGAGAGGAGCUAAUCCGAUUGGGCCAUGCAGCCCGUCAAGAGUGCCCACCAGGAGACAGGACUGGUGUUGAAGAAAAAGCAGAUGCAAGUUCUGUUUCUCUGCAGAAAAUGAUGGAUGAUGUUCGAGAAAUGGCCUCAGAGUUGAGUUUAUCUUGCAUUAGUCUUUCAGAAGCUGCCUCUAUUUCAGGAAGUGCUGAUGACAUUAUUGAAGAGGAUUCCUUUUAAGCUGAAAGCCAUCAACCACUUUUUUUUCCUAUGGGAACACCUGAGAUAAAGCUGGUAGAGUUUCCGUGGACCAUGUUUACAACUGCUGUCAUUUGCUACUUUGCAUUUCUAUAUGUUAGGGUAGAGUAACAUGUAGAAAACCGAUGACAGAAUGCAAGAUGACUGAAGUCUACUACUCCUGGUGAAUUUUCAGAAUCGGUUCCAGUUUGUGUGUUUUCAAAGGGUGAGAUGAGAAAUUCACACCGGACUCCAAAAUUAAUGUUUAAUAAAAGAUCUUAAUGCUGUAAUCAUACUGAUUUCUCUGUAAUAAAAACACAGCAAAUUUGGCCAAAUUUGUUGUAAAAAGAAUGUGUUUAAUGCCUUAAACUAAAGGAAAAUAUAAAAAUAAGAAUAUCUGUUUGGAGUGAUUGAGAUGAAGUGUUCUUAUACCUGAUAUUGAAAAAUGCUUGUAUAUUGAGUUUUUUUUUUUUUUACAUAUAUAAUUUAUCAAAUAAAAUAUUUGUUCCUAACUUUCU